UACAUUUGCAGCCUCGAUGGAUCUUUAUAAAAAGGACUUACUGUAAAUCCAUUACACACAAACUUGUCGCGAUGGAGCCCAGGUCCCGGCGCAGCAUCAGGCAGCGUUCAGACCGGACGCUGAGCCGCUGGGUGCAGGAGCGGAGCCGCGGUCACUCUCACACGUUUCUGCUGGUCCGCUGGUUGAAAGGGGGGCAGCGGGGACCUCUGGGACUCUCGAUCCGGACAACAUUAACUAUCUCUCUGUAUAACAAGUGGACUGAAGCUGCCGGAGAGCAGGAGGAGGUUUGGAGGAUGAACCCCCAGUGCGCCCGCUGUGGGAAGAUCGUCUACCCGACGGAGAAAGUCAGCUGCCUGGACAAGAACUGGCAUAAAGGAUGUUUCCACUGCGAAGUUUGUAAGAUGACCCUGAACAUGAAGAACUACAAAGGUUACGACAAGAAACCCUACUGCAACGCACAUUAUCCCAAGACGUCGUUCACCAUCGUGGCCGACACACCAGAGAACCUGAGACUGAGACAGCAGAGCGAGCUGCAGAGCCAGGUGAAGUAUAAGAAGGAUUUUGAAGAGAGCAAAGGUCGAGGGUUCAGCAUCGUGUCCGACACUCCGGAGAUGCAAAGACUCAGAAGGACUCAGGAGCAGAUCAGUAUUGCCAAGUACCACGAGGACUUCGAGCGGGCGCGCGGCCGAGGCUGUACGCCAGGAUUGGAUGAUCCCAGCAUGGAGCGCUACCAGAGAGCCAAUCAGAUGAUGGGAGAGGCGGGCUACAGCAAAGGGAUCCACCCCCAGGCGAUGGAGAUGGACAGACGACCAGGAGGCAUCAUCGUAGACCUGAAGGUGUGGAGGACAGACCCCGGCUCUAUCUUUGACUUUGACCCUCUGGAGGACAACAUCCAGUCCAAGAGCCUCCGCAGGAUGUCUGCUCCAGUCCUUCCUGGAGCGUAUCAUCAGGGCGUCCAGAUGCAGCAGCAGCAGCAGCAGCAGUAUCACGGCUACAUGCACCAGACCAGCAUGUCGUCUGUCCGAUCCGUCACCUCCCCGCCACACUCAGCCAGCAUGCGGGUUUACCGGGCGCUGUAUGACUACGCGGCUCAGGACCACGACGAGGUCUCGUUCAGGGACGGCGAUGUCAUCAUCAACGCUCAGCCCAUCGACGAGGGCUGGAUGUACGGCACCGUGCAGCGGACCGGCAAGUCAGGCAUGCUGCCGGCGAAUUACGUGGAGUGUUGCAACUAAAGGAGGGAGGAGGGAGGCCGAGAGAGGACGUCAGGCAGUGAGACGUAAAGAAUAAAAUCCACCCUCGCUCUUAUAAAACCAGCCGCUGUGAUGUUCUUUGCAUUUCAGGGAUCGUUUUUAGUGUUUCUUCUUCCUCUGAAAAACAAAGUGGCAUCACAUCCAGAUGUUUCCAGGUGUUCUAGUGGAUUUAAAAAGCAGAAAACGGUUCAGCCUUUGAUCAGCAUUCAGGAAGCGAAGGAAAUACCCAACUAAUAGUUGCUGGAAUACAGUGAACAUCACAGACCGCUGACACCAGCUGACAGAAUAUCUGAGGGUGGAGAUCUUACGUUGAGGAGGAAAGACGGAGAGAAAAGGUAGAAAUCUAGCAUGCUGUCGAUAAGUUCCGUCAAAUUUUACGACUCGGGGAGGAAAUAAGAGAGGAGGGAUGCAUGAAGGAAGAAGGUGUGGCAGAGCAGAAACAUCUAAUUUUUUUAAUGACCUGCAAGAAACUAUACGAGACUUUAGGUUCAGAUUAUUUCAGCAAUUCAUGCAGAAUAUGAAUAAAAUCAGUAAUAAAACUAAAAGCAAUUCAGUCUGAUUAUCAGUUUCUCAUUCUGGUGAUUUUCUGUGUUUUUCUUAUUGUCGACAAAACCAGCAGUGAAUGAAUCUGCUCACAGUUCUGUGAGAAUCACAGUCUGAUGGAUCCUCUGAGCCACACUGCUGCUGACAUGUUCCUUCAUUACCAUGAACACACACCCUGCAGUUUAUUCUGACUCACACACACACACCGUCCGGCUGCCACAAACACUCA